GCUCCAGCCCCGGCCCCCGGUCCAUGGCGUGGCGGCUGCUGCUCCUGCUCUUCGGUACCGGCCCCGUUCCGCUGCCCCGGGCCGCCGCCGACACCGCAGGAUGCAGCCAGCCCAAGGAGGUGCCCAAUGCCCACAUCCAGGUGGGCAACACCACUCAGCUCAACACCCUCCUGCGCUACACCUGCAACCCGGGCUACAAGAGGAAAGCUGGGACCUCCAACCUCAUCCAGUGUGUCCUCCCCCAGGGCUCCACACAACCAGCCUGGACCCCCCCCAUGCUCCAAUGCAUCCGAGACCCAAGUUUUCCACCCCAAAACCCCACCCAGGAGCACCCGGAGACACCAAGUGCUGAGACGACCCAAAAAGUUUCCAUCCAGACCGUGGCCUCUUCCAUUGUGCUCCUGGUGCUGGUGGUCACUGUU